AUGGACACUGAUAGGGAGUCCUCCUACUUGUCUCUCGUUCUAAGUCGUGAAAGUCUUGUGACAUGGAUUUCACAGACGCGCUGGAUGCUGUCGAUUUGCAUAAAGUAUUUCAUGGUGCUUAAUCCUGCCAACGGAUCCGACUCAACAAUGAUCACAGUGCUUUUGUCUUUUGUGCUAACUCUAACAAAUUGCAACCAAUGGAAAAUUUCGAAAGAUGAUACGUUAAAGCCAGCAUUGACUGCCAUUACCAAUUCAUUUAUAAGCCAUAUAGUCGAUUGUGGGUUUUAUCCGGCUCUCAAGCAACUGCUUCUUAAAGGUCUGGCCCUUCACCUACCCGUUCUCACUCAACUAUCGUUGACCGGUAUCUUCACUUUAUCCAUGCGGCCACUGCUUGUGUUCGACUUCUCCUCGCACUAUAUCUGUCUUUUCGUCCUCCACAUUCUUUCAGUCCCCGGCUUUGUGUUGCACAUAAAUUCCCUCGCCCACGAGGCCUAUGAUGUAAUUGUUCGGGAGAAAUUGUGCUCUCGCAUCAUUCUCUUUCUCUCCGAGAGUCCCCAAAACCUGGAGAUUAUAUUCAAUGACCUCGAGGGCUCCUAUGCUCUGUGUCUCAUAGCUAAUCUAAUUCAACUCAGUCUCUUGGAAGUCGAUGUGCUUGUCGACCACUGUGAAGAAUUUUGCGUCGUGCUGUCGAAGCUGCUGCACAGACUUGGUGGCUAUGUCGGACAGAAGAAAUCCAACCUCACCUGCUGGCAUCCAAUUCUGGGCUGGUUUUCUCAACCCCUCGACAAUUACCUUCAAGCAGCCGCACCUCAUGUGACAAGCCAACUGCACUUGCUUUGGCACGGUCGAAUGGUCCGCCUUCUGUUCGCCGACCUUUACCAACAAGAGGGCCUGGACGAGUCGGAACAGGCGUGCGCAACACCGCGUGCCUCCACGUCCACCGCCGCGGCCGCUCCGUCACGUCCGCAGCGCAUCCGACCCAACGAGCAAACAGCCGGCGAACGCAAGGCCAUUGAGGGCCUCCUGCCAGCCAAUCCGCCGAGUUUCGUGUCCCGCCACCACCGCAAGGGCCUCUCGGAUCGCCUCGGUCUGGGCCACUUUCUGCGUCAACUAGCCGGCCACGUCCCCGCGCUGAGGGGCGGCGGUGGUGGUGGGGGCGGUAGCGGUGCGCUGCCCAACUACGCUCAUCACCAGGCGCGUGCGCACGGCGUUCCGGGUCCCGAGGCCCUACCUGUCAGCAUCAAAGCCGUGUGCAUGCUCUACUGCUUCACCAUCGGAUCACUUAGAGAGAUUCGAAAUGACAUCUUGGCAGGCCUCACGCUGGGUGACCUGUUGCCGCGAAUGUGGCGUCUCAUCAGCCGGGCGGGCGGCGUGCGCGAUUGGGCGCCCCUCCUCACCGCGCCGAAGGCCGGCUGGCAACUCGUGCCGCACUCCGCCCACCUCCUACACCUCUUCGCCGCCGCCGCCUCCAACCUCCUCAUCAUUCUGGACGACGUGGAGGUCUUCGAGAAGCAGAAGGCAUUUGAACUGGAGGAGUUAAUGGCGAUCGCAGACUUCUUCAACUACCUCAUCUACGAAACGGUCCUUCUGGUGCCAGACCCGCCACCGACCGCACAAGACGAGUGCCUUCAGACGUCCGCGUCCUCCAACCCCACCGUCUUCAACAUCUGCCUCCGCCUGCUCGGCAUCCUCUACAAUCGUGACGGGCGUCACAAAUUCACACCGAACAAUUUUUGGCUCAUCCGUGGCGUCAGACCCUCCGCCUUCAUGUCGGAUUUGCGCAAGGAGAAGGUACACGCCACAUUCCUGCUCAAGCACGUGCCGCAUAUCAUUCCAAGGAAGGAGCGAGUGAUGCUUUUCCGGGAGUUGGUCAGAGCGGACAAGGCGGCCCUGGGCGUGCUCACCCAGACCAACUGCAUGCUCGACAGCUCUGCGGUCGGCGCCGUCGUCAUGAUCCAUCGCAACCGCAUCGUUGAGGACGGGUACCAACAGCUGGCCAACCUAAGCCCCACUCAACUCCGCAUGAAGAUCCGGGUCCAGUUUAUCAAUGCUCUGGGUCUUGACGAAGUCGGUAUCGACUUGGAUGGCGUGUUCAAGGAGUUUCUGGAGGAGACACUGCGCCGGGUCUUCGAUCCAACGCUGAAUCUCUUCCGCGCCACCACUGACCAGCGUCUCUACCCCUCGCCCACGUCGCACAUUCAAGAGAGCCAUUUGCAGCUCUUCGAGUUUGUCGGCAAACUCUUGGCCAAGGCUGUCUAUGAGGGUAUCAUCGUGGACGUGCCUUUCGCCAACUUCUUCCUCACCCAAGUCCUCGGCAGACAACGCGCCAGUUGCUACAGCUUCUUGGACGAACUCUCAACCCUCGAUCGGGACCUCUACAAGAGCCUCACGUACAUCAAGCACUACGACGGCGACAUCUCCGACCUCGAGCUGACCUUCUCCUUCGACGAGGACUGCCUCGGCCAGAUCGUGGUGCACGACCUGGUCCCAGGUGGCCGCUACCUCACCGUCACCAAUGACCUGAAAAUAAGCUACGUGCACCGAAUGGCCAUGUUCAGGAUGUACAAGCAGAUUCGCGCCCAGACGGCCAGCUUCAUUCGUGGCUUCUACCUCAUCAUCAACCCCGACUGGUUGAGCAUGUUCUCGCCUUCGGAGUUGCAACAGCUGAUCUCCGGUGACUCCGUUCUAAUAGACCUCGACGAUCUCAGGCAACACACGAAGUACUCGGGCGGUUUCUACAACAACCAUCGUGUAAUCAGUUGGCUGUGGGACAUCCUAAAGAAGGACUUCUCCGACGAGGAGCGGAGCCUCUUCCUGAAGUUCGUGACGAGUUGUUCGAAGCCCCCGCUUCUGGGAUUCGCCUACCUGGAACCGCCCUUCUGCAUCCGCUGUGUGCAGUACACAAACGAGGACCAGGAUGUCGGCGACACUCUGGGCUCGGUGUUGAAGGGUUUCUUCGGCUUCGGCAGCCGCCGAGGUGGAGAAGAGCAAGCGCGUCUGCCUUCAGCGUCGACGUGUUUCAAUCUCCUCAAACUGCCCAACUACGCCUCACGAUCCAUUCUUCGCGAUAAGCUACGCUACGCCAUACACUCCAAUGCUGGCUUUGAGCUUUCGUAG